AUGAAAUUCCAACUUUUGACUCUCGCCGCAAUUUUGGCUGCCGUGGAAGCCGUUCCAGUGUCGUCCUCUAUUAAGAACACCUGGUCUACUUUGACUCCAUCAGGCACGUUGCCGGAGUCUGCCUCUGCCAUCACUUCCUAUGAUGGGUCAUUCGCUUUGUCUAUCAGAACCAUCUCUGCUUCUGUCAGUGCCGGAAUCUCUUUCGAUAAGAGAGAUGUUGUUUCGCAGAUUGCUGACGGCCAGAUUCAGGCUGGUACCUCUACUCAGGCUGCUUCAACUGCUAACGUUAUCAACCAGAUCAGCGAUGGACAGAUCCAGCAGCAGUCGAAGACUACAGCUAAUGUGAUUAAUCAAAUUUCUGACGGACAGGUUCAGCAACAGACUAAAACCACCGCUAAUGUUGUUAACCAAAUCUCUGACGGACAGAUUCAACAACAGACUAAGACCACUGCCAAUGUGGUAAACCAGAUUUCCGAUGGCCAGAUUCAACAACAGACUAAGACCACCGCUAAUGUCGUUAACCAAAUCUCUGACGGACAGAUUCAACAACAGACUAAGACCACUGCUAAUGUGGUGAAUCAGAUCUCUGACGGUCAGGUCCAACAACAGACUAAGACUACCGCUAGCGUUGUCAACCAGAUCUCUGAUGGUCAGGUGCAACAGCAAACCAAGACCAAGGCCGCCUCUGAAUCCGUCAUCAACCAGAUUUCUGACGGUCAGGUCCAACAACACACCUCUACUGCCACUGCUAACGUUGCUUCACAGGUUUCUGAUGGCCAGGUCCAGGCCACUGGCUCUUCGUCUUCUUCCUCCUCCGCAAACUCGGACUCUAACUCCAUCUUCGGAGAGACCUGUAUUGCUUCGGACGCUUUGACCAUCUCCCUCGAGGAUGGUGAAUUAAGAGACUCCAAGGGCCGUGUUGGAGCCAUUGUUGCCAACAGACAGUUCCAGUUUGACGGUCCUCCACCACAGGCCGGUACCAUCUACGCUGCUGGUUGGUCGUUUGUUCCUGCUUCCUACGUUGGUGAGGGAGAGAAGUCUUCUGACACCAUUGACUCCGGUUACAAGUUGGCUUUGGGUAACCAAACGACCUUCUUCAAGUGUUUGUCUGGAGACUUCUACAACUUGUACGACGCCUCAAUCGGUGGCCAGUGUUCUGCCAUCGAGAUCUUCGUUUUGGAGGCUGUUCUGUGCUAA